AGAUUUGUUUUUGUAACCCACAAAUGAUGUGAUUACAUUUAAUUAUCUCACCACUAUAUAGACUCUAUCUUCUCCAUUUCAUUUAUAAUCUUAUUUCACUUUCAUUUUAAGCCAUAACAUUAUUAUUGUAUAGCCAAAAUGAUGACUGCUCACAGCUCCUCUCUUGCGUACGAAAGUUUGCCGACGGAAGAAGGAGGUACGCCACAUUCUCACUCCUUCAGGGAAGCCGAUUACUCUCCUUCUGUAAGUCAUCACCCUAUCCCGACCGCAGAGCAGUCCUUCAGAAGGAGUAAAGUGAUGACAGGAGUGCUCGUCGUGCUGCUCCUGCUGGCGUCGAUCGUCCUGGGUGUGGUCAUCUCUUUGUCUGCUAGACAGCACGCAUAUCAAAAGAUUUUCGGGCCCGAAGUUGACACUUCGAUUACGCAUUCCCCGCCCGCGGGAACCAAUGGCCGAGUGGGUAGUGAAGGUGGAGGAAGCAAUGCUCCUACCAAAGAGGACAAGCUAAAUGGCUAUGGCGGAAUAAAUGCUGCUGGAGGCAAUCAUGGUACAAAUACUGUCAUUCGUCUGACCACCCCCAUCAUACCUACUACAUCACCACCUCCGCCUCCCACAACUACCUCUACCACUUCAACCACUUCCACCACCACUCCUACCACUACCACUCCCACCACUACCACUCCCACCACUACCACUCCCACCACUACCACUCCCACCACCACUUCCACAACCACUACUACAACCAGCACCACCGCCACAACCAAUACGACGCCUCGUCCCACAACUCAGAAGGUAACGGAACCUCCAACCACAUUGAGACCUGCGGUCCUCGAUGGUUCUGGAUCAGGGAGCGGUCAAGGGGCAGAGUCUGGUCGAACAUCUACACCUACAAGUGAAAAGGACAACUCGAAUGACGUCAACUCUCACAUGAGAGUUGUGGAUUACGUGGUGAUCCUGCAGAACAAACUGUCGCCUGGAGCGGCCAUCGGCAUCCUGGUGGCCCUCGUGGUGGCGUGUGUGGCGGCAACCGUGGCCAUCGUGUGUGUCGUGAGGCGACGCAACACGGCAAGAAGGCGUCGUGCGCACGUCAGGCGUGCCAUCAAUGAACUACGAGAUCAAGGCAAAGCAAACCUCCUUCAGUCUGACGACGAGGCUUAGAACACACCAAACUUUUCUUGCGAUGAAGGCUACCGCCACAGUCACGCUGGCGCUGCCUUCAAAUCUUUCUCCCAGGCCUAGGAAUCGAACCCGAAUUUCCUGAGUCCAAGUUAUGUGUGCAAGCAUCGAUGUCUAUAGUGCGCACGUACAGCGUGGGCAGGAGAAAAUGAUUUAAUCUGAAAUUACAUUUACGAGUUAUUGUCUACUCUAGUAUAUCAACUUUAUAUGCCAUUGUUCUUUGGUCUAUCUUGCAUUAAGGAUUUAUGAGUGAAAGAGUGAUCUAUAUAAUGAUUCUAAUUUGAAGAUUAUUUGACGACAGACACGUAAAAUCUUUUAUUUAGUGAUAGAUUGUCUUUGCCGAAAGUAUUUUCAGAGAGUGCCAAGUCUCUUUUUAGUUUUUCGUAAGCAAACGAAUCAGUAAUUUAACUAUCGGUCAUAUUCCAUUUUAAUUUUCCAACAGUAGCUAGAAUUUAUUUGACGAUGCUAAUUAUUUUAGAUACAACGGUCCAACAUGCAAAGUAAAUUUCGCUCAUCAUUCUGCACAGCUCCUACACUUUUGGGACGGUUUUUUGAAACAAAUUUUCAUAGCAAGAAUUUAAUACAUAACAUUUUCCAACCAAAACCAGUCAUGACCAAAUCUUAAAAUAAUUUACAAUAGAUGCAUUUAAGAUCUCAACGCGAGGGGAAUUGUGUGUUGAGUAUUUUUUCCCGAACAUGAACAAUGUAAAUUAUUCUUCAUUAUCAUUUAAUUCAAGGGAGGCGACUCGAAAACUAUGAAAAUGUAUUCAGAGUUUCAAUUCGUUACAAUUUCUGUUGAUAUGUUGUCUUGGAACUGUGGUCGCCGAAAAUUAAGUGAAAAAUAUUCGACGAUUAUAAGCAAAAUCCUUUCUUCAAUGGUUUCAGUGAUAUCGCGCAUGAAAGCGUUUUUCCUAUAUCAAGACGUGUGCUCAAAAGCUCAAAACAUACGCUUAAUUGUCUAAUUUCAACUGAUUUCAUUGUAAUUUUCAAAUAUUAAUAUAAAAAUUUGAUAACUGUUGAAACCUAACUAGUCGUGGUGUCAGGGUUUUUUAAUGAAUUGUUCGUACUUUUUCAUAUAAAUACAGUAUAUCA